AUUGUCUCUGCCGUCCAUAAGGCCCGGCCCACCUCCCUUCCUCUUCUGGUCAUUGAGCGGUCACAAGAUCAUAAAGUCCUUGCGAGUCUCUGCUCUUGGCCUGUGCCCUGCAGACGAGGAAGCUGCAGUAGGUAUGGCUCGCAUCAUUGACCUGGUGCCCUGGGAUGAUGGCUCCACCCACAUGCACGCAUCCUCAGCCAUCUUGCUCCCUAUGGAGCGACAGCGCAAUCAGCUGGCCGGUGUGAAGCAGCAGCUCUACCACCCAGCCCUGCCCACCCUGCGCCGGAUGGACAUGGACACCAGCAAGGCCUGCCUCUCAGAUGAGCACUGCCAGUCCACCACUUACUGCCGCAAAGAUGAGUUUGACAAUGCCCACUUCACACUCCUGGGGGUCCCCAACAAACCCCUGCAGUGCUUGGACAUCACGGCGACCGGCCAGAAGCUCCACCGCAGGUACCGCGAGGGGAAGCUAGCGCCAAUCGCGCCAGGCAUCAACUGGAUGGACUGGCCCUGCUUCACACGCGCCAUCGAGGACUGGUCCCGCUUCGUGUCCUCUGCUGGGGAGUUCAAGCUGCCUUGCCCGGGCAAGAGGGUCGAGAGUUUCAGCGGCUACGCGGUGCGGUACUUGAAGCCAGAUGUGACCCAGAACUGGCGGUACUGCCUCAACCAGAACCCCAGCCUAGACCGCUAUGGACAGAAGCCCCUGCCUUUUCUCUGAACGCUUUCCGCUGCUUCGGCUCCCACUACAGCCGUAUCAAUUACCUGACCCCUUGGCAUUAAUCGGUGUAAAGAAGGCCAGCCAACACCCAGACUACAGGACCAUGCCCCUCAGAUCCCCCAGUGGGACAAAAGGGCAUAUAGUGGAACCACCCACUUCUUGACUAGAAAUAAAUGUAAUGCUUCCUCAGGGAGGCCCUGUGGGGGUGGGGGGGAGAAAGGAGGAUGGGAGAGGGUCAGGAGCAUAGGAUGAGUGUUUUACUUUGCUUGUUCCCUGCCAACUCCUGGAGAACCAUGGCCUGGGAAAGGAUGUGUGGUGGCCUUGGCAGAGGCUUGGAGUCAAAACCUCAAGCCCAGCGAGCAUUGAGGUCAAGGGCACAUCUAGGAGUGGGGUUUCUUGUGCUCCUGUCCUUUGCCUGCAGCCCCUGCCCAAACCCCUCCCCACCUCAGAUUCUCAAGGAGGGGUUAGAAAGGGAUUUGUUGGGGCCUCUUUCUGAAGCCCUGCCAUACCAGUGUGCUCUAAGGGGCUUCCUGGAGGCAGGCUCUGGGGUGGGUUGCUGCCUCAGCCUAUGGCCUCUUAUCCCUGUGAGGCAGCAGAAUGUGGGUUUAUACCUGAAUGAGCAAGUCCAUCCCAGAAUGUGGCCCAGCAAACAUUUAGGCCCUGUCCCUGAAUGCUGGGGUGACACAGACAAGAUGCCAUCCCUGCCUCUGUGGUGCUUCCAGUCCAAUGGGAGAGACAGGCAAUUCCAGCCAAUUCCAACCUGAAACCAUGCUCCUCCAGCCCAGGACACCAUGGACGGUAACCCAUGCCAACAAUUUCAUUACAGGUUCAUGGCCACCCAUUAUACUCUUAAUCCUGGUUUCAUAAAUAUAAAAAAGCAUGCCUAAGAAUAAAGGCAACAGAUAAGGAAGGUAUACACAAGUACUUUCUGUUCUUAAAUGGAAGACAAGGCAUUAAGUGCUUUGCAGACCCCACAGGUGGGUAAUUUAAAACCAUUUGUCAGACGAUAAAAUGUAGCUGUGGUGGUUAUAUGACUGGCACAAGAUCAUGCAGCUAGUGAUUGGCAGAGCUGGGGAUUGAAGCCAGCCUGUCUUACCCAUGGAUCUGUGGCCAUCACAUUCUGCUUUCCUGUUCUUGGCAAGCCAAGUGGAGGGAGGACAUGGGGGCUGCUUCCUGAGGGCAUCUGGGUAGAGCUCAGAAGGAGGCAGGAUGUCCCAUCAGGAAGCUCUCAGAAGCCAAGAGUGGCUGGGUGUGGUGGUGCAUGCCUGUACUCCUAGUUCUUGGGAGGCUGAGACAGGAGGAUUGCCCUGAGUUUGAGGCCUGCUUGGGCUACAUAGUAAGUUCAAGGCUAAUCUGAACAUAGUGAGACCCUUGUCUAAAAAACAACCCCCCACAAAAAAUUUUAAAAACCAAGACCAGCAGCAUGGGCCUGGAAUCCUGAGAAGAUGGCUUGAGCCUUGGGAUUCAAGACCACCCUGGGCAACACAGUAAGUCCCAUGCUUGAAAGACAGAAAGGGGGUGUGGGGAGAAAGCCCUCAGAGUUGAUGGCAGUAGCCAUGGUCCCCAGGGCUUAGCCUCCAGGGAUUCUUCGCUCAUCACAAAGAAAUCAUGUCAGAAAUCCUCACUAGACACAACCUUGGGGACAGACUAGCCACUGUGAUCUUGCCCUCAGGCUUUCCAUGGUGACCCUAAUCCAAUAUCCUGUUACCCCAACACAAACCUCACCACCGGCCUCCUGCUGUCCUAGUGCCCCCGGCACUUGUCUGCCUCUGAACCUCUGUUCAGAGUCAUCUUCCUACCAGAUCAUUCCUUCGCCCCUUCUUACCCAACCCCACCCUUUCUUCCAGGAAGAUCUCUCUUAGGCCCUCCUUUCUCCCCUAUUCUUCCCCAAGACCAUGAGGACAAGGACAGCAGCUUCCAGGGGCUCAUACCCUCUAGCCCACAGUGGGCUUGCUUGAGCUAACUGAGGCUCAGGAAUGGGGCCUGAGGUCCCUCAGAACCAUC